AUGACCAGCCACGCUAUGAAGCACACGGUGAAGGUCCCUCUGCUCCUAGUGAUAUCUGCCUCAGUCGCCCUCAUUAUAUCGCUUUCGGUGCACUUACUUAGCAUUUCAUUAAACGUUGGGGCAAUAUUCAAGCCCGUAUCAAAGACGGAAGCCGUACUCCCAAUUCAGAUACAACCAGCUACAUUGACAAUUUCAAAAGCCGAGAGAUUUGGUCUAUAUUCCAAUGAAUCGGAAUGGGAGUCAAUACUACCGAUGGGCGAUGGAUUCAUAUACCACCCAGACGACCAGAAGCAUUACCUCGUCUCCCAUUUCCAUAGUUUGCACUGUUUGCGGUCAUUUCAUCGCUACCUCAGGAUGGCAAUGGUAUCCAACCCUCAAAACGACGGCUACACAAUGCUUGAUAUCGGACACGUCCACCACUGUCUCAUUUAUCUUCGACAGAUACUUCUCUGCAAUGCCGAUCUCACGCUAGAACCAGCCAGCCAUAAACAGCGGACUCCAGAUGGAAAGAUAGUAGAGACAGUCACCGGAAUCGAUAUUGCACAUCGUUGCACGGACUGGGAGCAAUUAUGGGAAUAUAUGGGAAGUAACUAUGAGCAGUAUAAGGAUACCUACGACAAUUAG